AUGGACUCGAAGUGGGCGUUCCUCCAUCCAUGGCUGUCUACUUUACGGGCUAGCAUGCUACUGUACGGAGAGCUCGAGCCUGGAUCCCCGCGAGCUGUCAAUCCAACCCUGUUUUACCUCCGACUUUCCGUGGAUGAACUCAAUCGACAAGAUCGAAAGCGUGUGCAGCAUCUUCGCGAAGCGAUUGAGCUGAUAUCGGCUGUGGGUGUAGUCGAUAACAAGGCGUACACGGAUCUGAUGGGUCGACACUUUCACAUACCCGCUGUCAAUGCCAGAUAUGGUGUUCAGCUAUCACCCGCAAUGGAUAUUUUGCUUCUUCGGUACUUUACCGUCUCGAGACCCCGCUGCAACGCAGUACCACACGACCCCUCGAUGAACUCAACGGAGUUUCGGGAAGCCAUGGACAAGUUGGAAGCAAUGGGACUGAACGAGGCUCUGAAGCUGUACGACUUCAGCGAAUUCACUCUCGAAUGGGACAUCAAGAACUCAACUGUCAAUGCUGAAGGUCAAUGCGAAGCUGACCCACCUGGAGAUGCACCGAAGCCGCUCUCAACUCAGCUGAAGAAGCUUCUUGACGCCGACGUACCUCCCGUAGUUCAGUUGUUCGCGACUGGAAAUGCUGAGAAUGUCAUGAAACGUUUGCACAAAACACGUCUGGCGACUUAUGCUCCCGUGGCGUCUACACCAGCGCCACAAAGCUGCCGUAGGUCGACAAAUGCCCAGUCAGCAUCGAGCUCAAUAAUCCUUAUUGAUCAUCUGGACUUCUCACAACCAGGGAUCCCCGCGUUGACGACAGCGCUGGUACGAGCUGCUACACAGUGUUUGUCGCUUGAGUAUGGUAGGAGUGACGAUCCUGACAGAGUGGACUCUACGAUGAACGCUGGGUAUUUAGUGAGUACACUGCUCUGUGGGCGCUCAACUUGUGGAAAAACGUUAGGAAAUCUCAAUUUCCCGCCCAUCACUCGUGACGUGGAGUAUGACGAGCUGAACUUGAAGUGCGACUGGUUGUCGAACACAAUAAUCGCAGCGACCUGUUCUGCCGUGGCGGAUUUGGGCUUGAUAAGGAAAGUAGACAGGCUCGACAUUUCAGGAGCACAAUCUACCACUCAGGAUCAACUGGUGUGGGUACUGUAUGCGCUGACUUGUGGAUCGUCAAAUUUCUCGAUGGAAGAGCUACACAUUGGAGAUGUUUGUUUGACAAAAGCGGCUUUGGGCGCUGCCAAAUCGACGCUGAAGAACAAAUUCCCUGAAAUAAGUUCAAGACACAAGUCUGGGCCCCCACCAGAGUACGGCUUCGACUGGUUUUACCUAGUGGAGAAGAAAUCAUGCCUGAGGUGUCAAGUCCGGCUCGUUGUCGAGCACGGCGGGACCCUGCUCUCUCCUCAAUCGGUUGAUGCUGUUAUCCCUGGGUACGGACUUUGCGGAGUUGUGCUGAACGAUGGAGUUAGUGAGUUCAUUUGCGAUGCUCCAGAGAGUUCACUCUUUCCGAGACAACCAUCUGCCUGCGUACGCGCUCUUACGCUUAGCGUUGAUGCAAUGGAAGAGGGGGUAUUGGUGACGGACCUGAUAGGAUUAGCAGCUUGGCGGUUGAAAGAACUUUCAAUCUGCAGAAAUCGGGAAAUGGACGAUGAAAAGGAUUCAACAACGCAAGCUACGCUGGAUCUGAGUGGGCUCGCGGAGGCUUGCCCUGACCUGGAAGAUCUCGACGUCAGCAGAUUUAAUGUGGUGGUGACUGUGCGCAGCAAUGCGUUGCGCGUUUGGAAGGUCCGGGAGAUCGAGAUUUACGACUCAGAGAGCCUCCCGGAUCUCGAGCCUUGCUUGAACGAUCAAUCGUAUCGAAUGGCGCGCGAGCUAGCGGUGCUGAAAGUGUCUGGGGAUUACAAUUGGAACUACGACAUUGACGAAAUCGAGGCACUGAAUGCCCACGACGGCGAGUGUCUGUCUCUAACGAAGGAGAGACUUCCCAAUCAGUCGAAGGCUGCACUGAUCAGUGUCGUGAGAAGCAGGAAAGGAGGGAAUUCACUCAAGGCUGUGCACCUUUUGGAUGCGCUGAGCUUGGGCCGAAUUUUCGCUUUCGUCUCGACCCCUGUCCAACGAUCGGUCCAGUGUGACGAAUGA